AUGGCGGCCUUGGAGUUUUGUUGCACGACGCUGGCUGCAUUCACUGUUUUCGUGCUGUUCCUGUCCGUGCAGUUGCUGCAGCCGACGGAAGUCGCUCUGAAGUACAAUUGGCUUCUGCAGACAAUCGGCGACGAAGUGGUUGCAACACCAGGCAUAAACUUCGUUGGCCCGUUCACCUCCUACGUGAGGUAUCCCAAGACUAUUCAGACACUGGAGUACAACCAGGUCCACCGAGACUUGCUGGACGGCCGGACGGCGGAUGGCUUGCCUCUGAUCCUGGGCUUGUCCUUCCAGUACCGGCUCAUGCCAGAAAGAAUACGCGACCUUUUCUUCGCAUACGAGAACGAGUAUGGCGACUACGAGCGCAUUUUCAAGCUCACAGGCAUGCAUAUGAUCACCGAGAUGGCGACGAAGUUUACAGCGUACCAAUUCUUCAAUGAGAAGCAGAAAAUUGCAGAGGAUAUGAGACUGCACCUGAACGAGUACUUCUCCAAGCACCUCUUUGCGACGGUGGAGUCCUUGCAGAUCCAGGAGGAUGACUUGCCGGAGGCGUUCACCACGACGAUCUUGACGGCUGCCACGAGCAAGCAGAACAUCACUAGGAUGUCCAAGACCAUGGCGGCGAAGAUUGUAGAGUUCCAGACCGCGAGACAGAUUGCCGAGGCCCAGGCGAAUGUCACCAUCCAGAAGGCGAUCGGGGACCAGCAUCGCAUCAUGCAAAAUGGCCGGGCGGAUGCUGCGAUCAUCGAGGCUUAUGUGGAGGCGGAGCUGACCGCCUAUGGCAAGAUUCAUGGGGAGCUAGGACUGUCGGGCGAGGAUUUGAUCAACUACAUCUGGUACGACACACUUGGUGGUGGCGGAGUCUCUGCGGACACGCAGUCCGACAAGGAUGUCGAGAUGUUGGUGGGAGUGAACCCAAGCACAUACAUCUCCAAGUGA